AUGGAGUACAAGGAGUUUUUCAACUUCAUUGAGAACCCCUUUUAUGUGCCAGUGACAUCUCUUAUCCCAGUCAUCACAGCUCUCUGUCCAGACCGUGCUGGAAUAGAGAGUGAGAUAAUAGAGCUGCAGGCAAAUGACACAUUGCGAGAUAUAAAGCCUGCAUAUUGUGGUGCCAUGCCCUCCAGAAAAAAUGCCUCUGGAGAAAGCACCACAAAGACAACAGAAAGUCUGAUUCAUGAAGAAUCUCCUGAACCUAGCUGUGUGUCCAUGAAGAGUGACCAGUCUAUGGGGCACCCUGUUUACUUCUAUGCAGGAGACUCUUCAGCUGAUCUGAGUCUGAUUCAUCAAGGAUCUCCUGAACCCAGUUGCAUGUCCAUGAAGAGUGAACAAUCUAUGGGGCAUCCUGUUCACUUCCGCUCUUCUGGUGAUCGGAGGUGUGAACAUUCUCAUGACAAAUCAAAGUCUGAAUCAGACUCCUCUCCUGAGAAUAAUUUGGACUCCAUUUUUCAGGAUCUUGAGCAUAAAAUCAUCACUUUGAUAAAGAAUGAGCUGAGGAGUUUUAAGAAACUAUUGAGUCCAGAUUCCCCAGCAUGCUCUGAGAGAGAGGAGGUGGAUGAUGAAUGUCAGAGCAGUGUCAGAGAGGGGCUUCUGAAGAUCACACUGCAUGUCCUCAGGAAGAUGAAGCAGCCACACCUAGCUAAAACUCUACAGACUAAACUUGUCCCUUUGUAUCUGAAAAAACACAAAUCCAUACUAAAGAGGAAAUUUCGUGUAAUUAAUGAAGGAAUUUCAAAUGAAGGGAACACAACACUUCUGAAUGAGAUCUACACAGAGCUGUACAUCACAGAGGGAGAGAGUGGAGAGGUUAAUAAUGAACAUGAGGUGAGACAGAUUGAGGCAGCAUCCAGGAGAACAGAGACACAGGAAAUCCCAAUCAGAUGCAGUGACAUCUUUAAAGCCUUACCUGGACAAGACAAACCCAUCAGAAUUGUGAUGACUAAAGGAGUUGCUGGAAUUGGAAAAACAGUCUCUGUGCAGAAGUUAAUUCUGGACUGGGCGGAAGGACAAGCAAAUCAGGAUGUACACAUCAUAUUUCCACUUCCUUUCAGAGAGCUAAAUUUGAUGAAGGAGAAAAAAUUCAGUCUGAUGGAUCUUCUUCAUCAGUGUUUCACAGAUACAAAAGAACUGAGAUCAACAGACUUUAAUGAAUACAAAGUUGUGUUUAUCUUUGAUGGUCUGGAUGAGUGUCGGCUUCCUCUAGAUUUCCAGAACAAUGAUAUUUUGUCUGAUGUAACAGAAUCAGCAUCAGUGGAUGUUCUACUGACCAACCUCAUCAAGGGAAAUCUGCUUCCUUCUACUUGUCUCUGGAUAACCUCUCGACCAGCGGCAGCCAAUCAGAUCCCUCCUGAGUAUGUUGACCGGGUCACAGAGGUACGAGGCUUCAAUGACCCUCAGAAGGAUGAGUAUUUCAGAAAAAGAAUCAGUGAUCAGAGUCUGGCCAACAAAAUCAUCACUUAUUUAAAACUUUCAAGGAGCCUGUACAUCAUGUGUCACAUUCCAGUAUUCUGUUGGAUUUCAGCCACUGUUCUAGGGAAAAUGUUGAGUGAAAAAAAGAGUGCAGAGAUCCCCAAGACUCUCACUCAAAUGUUCAUGCACUUCCUGAUCUUUCAGAUGAAACUGAAGACCCAGAAAUAUGAUGGGAAAUGUGAGUUAGAUAUUCAACAGGCUAGUAAGAUAAUAAUGUCAUUGGGAAAGCUGGCAUUUCAACAGCUAGAAAAGGGGAACCUGAUCUUCUAUGAGGAGGACCUGAGAGAGUGUGGCAUUGAUGUCACAGAAGCAUCAGUGUACUCCGGAGUUUGUACCCAAAUCUUCAGAGAGGAGUUUGGACUGUACCUGGGCAAGGUGUUCAGCUUUGUGCAUCUGAGCGUUCAAGAGUUUCUUGCUGCUCUGUACAUGUUUAUUUUAUUUUCUCAACAAACAAAAGGAUUACUCAGUGAGUUCAGGCCAACUAUGAUUCAUUUGCUGAAGAGUGAAGUGGACAAAGCCUUACAGAGUGAGAACGGACACCUUGACCUUUUCCUCAGAUUCCUUCUUGGUCUCUCACUGCAAUCCAAUCAGAAAAUCUUAAAAGACCUCCUGAAACUGACAGGAAGCAGCUCUGACAAUGAACAGGAAAUAGUUGAGUACAUUAAGAAAAAGAUCAAGGAGAAUACCUCUCCAGAGAAAUCCAUCAAUCUGUUCCACUGUCAAAAUGAACUGAAUGAUCAUUCUCUAGUGCAGGAAGUCCAAACAUACAUGAGCAAAACAGGUUGUAGUCGUCUCUCUGGAGUCAAACUCACUCCUGCUCAGUGGUCAGCUUUGGUGUUUGUGUUGCUGAACACAGAAGAGCAGCUGGAUGACUUUAAGCUAAGUGAAUACGAACCAUCAGAUGAAUGUCUUCUGAAGCUGCUAUCAGUGGUCAAAGCAUCUAAAAAAGCAGAUCUGAGUGGCUGUAAUCUCACAGAGAAAAGCUGUUCAACACUGGCUUCAGCUCUCAACUCAAACUCCUCAAACCUGAAAGAGCUGAAUCUGAGCUUCAAUAACCUGCAGGAUUCAGGAGUGAAGCUGCUCUCAGAUGGAUUGAAGAAUCCACACUGCAAACUUGAGAUGUUGAAUUUGUCUGACUGCUGUAUUGGAGAGGAAGGUUGUGCUUCUCUUGCUUUAGCUUUGAGAUCAAACCCCUCACACAUAAGGGAACUCAAUCUGAACAGGAAUAAACCAGGUGACUCAGGAAUUAAGCUGAUUUCUGAUCUACUGUUGGAUCCACACUGUAAACUGGAGAAACUACUGCUGAGUAAAUGCACUAUUGGAGAGGAAGCUUGUACUGGUCUGGCUUCAGCUCUGAGGUCAAACUCCUCAUACCUUAGAGAACUCAAUCUGAAAUGGAAUCAAAUAGGAGACUCAGUAGUCAAGCUGCUUUCUGAUCUACUGGAGGAUCCAUAUUGUAAACUGGAGAAACUACAUAUUUCCCUUUAAAAUCACCUUUCAUGACAAACCA